ACGGAAGUAAACAAUGACCAAGAAGCACUUCCACGUCAGCGUUUUUAUUGUUAUUUUAGACGUUUAUGAACACGAGGGAACUCAAAAUAUGACUAAUUUAAAUGCACAGCAUCACAUGCUUACCCGAUGUUGUAUUUAAUUCGCGUUGGUUACAGGACUUGGUUGACAGACGUUAUAUAGGUAACGCUAGCCAGCUAACGUUAGCUAAAAAUAACAAUGGCUAACUGUAUGGUUUUUCACUCUCAAAUAGCCUCCAUCAUGGAGGUGCUAGCGAAUUCAGCCGUGGCAGAUAUCUGUAAACUCGUAGACGACGACUAUGCAGUGUUUCGUUUGGAAAUAACUCAAAGCCAGAAAGAAAACAGGGCAUUGCGGAGGAAACUUCAGCUAAUGGAACUGAAGGUGGCACGAGAGCGCGCAGAAAGGACAAUCCGAGAGCGCGCCCUCGCUAGUCGUCCCAGUAGUGUCAAGAUCCUCGAUCGAUACAGAGGAAUGGCAAGAGGUACAUUUUGCAGAAGGCCGAUGCUUCGGGGCCUGUCGCCCGGUUCUCUGCGCGUGUGUGUUCAGAUGUGUUGUCCAGAAUUUGGUCUUGGACAGUUUUUGGAUAGUGAAGGACAUCUCACUGGAGGCCACAGGAGCUUUGCGAAGCCAGCGGGACACAACACAUGGAGAGAUGACCAACCAAUCACUGUUGAUGAGGGGAGUGGAACCUCAACCCAGCAUGUUAUUGUGAUAGAGGAGGAGGAGGGUCCAGAGGUGCUGCUGGUGAAGGAGGAGGGGUGUGAGGAGGGUCUGGGGAACCCUGAGGGGACCAUGGUCAUGGAGGACAACCAGACGACACCUCCUCCUGAACCCACAGAGGCACCAGCUGAGCAGCACAGGACUACACAGAGUCUCACUGAGUCAGUAGACAUGGAGGAUGGGAAGCCUGAUCUGCUGCUGGUCAAAGAGGAGACAGUAGAAGAUGGACCAGAGAGCAUUGAUCUGCUGAGUGGAAUAAAGAUGGGGGAGCAAGGUGGUUGGUUGGAGGAUGACAGAGGAGACUGGGCGGCCAUCUUGGAUUCCCAGACCCAGACAGGUGCAGCCAAGGGCCCGCGGGAAAACAUAGUGGAGUCUGCAGUCCAUGAGGACCUGCUGAUAUCUGGUGUUGCUGACGGGAGAGACUGGACCUCUGAAGCGGCGUGUCACAAAACCUGGCCCCAGAUCAGGAUCCUGGAUCAGGAGCCGUCGCUCUUCCUCCCCGAGUCAGAACCGGAACCGAACCGCGAGGGACAGAGACUCCACCACCACACAGAACACAACCAGUGGACAGUUGGACUGAACAACCUCAGUCCUGGUGGUCAUCAGAGAGACAAAGGCUCCAGUCAGGGAUCCAGUCUGCAGCCCAGACCCUUCUCUUCACAGUCUCAGUGCAGGGAUGAAGCAGGGCCUGGGGCUGAUAGAGAGAGAUCCUCCUUUUCAUAUGAUGCAAACACCAUAGUAUCCAUGAUGAACAGAGAUGGUCACCCUGGGCUUCAGUCUUCACAGAGAGUGGUGGGAGACCCCCCUGGUGGUAGUCUAUCAGCAAGUGUGUCUUCUCCUUCAGGGUCUUGUCUAAUGCCUGGUGACUGGGUUCAUAGAAAUCCUGGAUCUGGGUCUAGCCUUCCUCAGUUACCUCAUGGUUACUCCACCAAUACAGACCGGGUCAGGAUGGGCGUUCACCACGAGAAGUAUUUAGCCUAUAACACAGCACACAAUCCCAGCAACACCCAAACAAUGGCAAGUGGUCAAGGAGGGAGCUCAAAAACUGCUGCUUCGACCUCCUCUGGUGUCAUUGGGUCACAACGUGGGAGGCCGAAUAUUAGGACUGACUGCGACAAGCCGUACAGCUGCGCCACAUGUGGGAAGCACUUUACUAGGGCAAACUAUUUGAAGGAGCAUCAGACCGUUCACACCAAGGAGAGGCCUUUCAAGUGCAAACUGUGUUACAAGAGCUUCCCCUUCCGGAGUAACCUCAUCAGACAUAGGAGUGUCCACAAUGGGGAGAAAUCGUAGCAGUGUGGCUUGAGAUGUACACAGGGGAUGUCAGGAAACCAUUCUUUAGCUGACAUGGUUAUAUUGUGAAGUGUCUUGGGGUAAGAGGGUAAUUAACCACAUACCCCUUAUUAACCCUUUGUUAACUUGUCAUUUGAAACAGGCUUGCGUAAAUACAUGUUUUUAGAGGACCAUAAACCUAGGCUAAAACAAGAACAGUUGAAAAUGUACCUUGCUGAGGUGAUGAUGGAAUAAAGUUGUUCUGAAACUUUCUACUCUA